CGGAACCCAAACGGCCAAACCCACCACACCCAGACCCAGCCCAGCCGGCACCUUCUUCCCCGUCACGGUGAUCCCACCAAGACACGCAGAGGGGGGAAGAAAACGUGCGCUCUCUCCGUCUCCUCCCAAUGCGGCGCCUCGCUCUCCUCCUCCUGCCGCUGCUCCUCGCCGCCGGCGCCGCGGCGGCGGCGACCCCUCCCCCAUCCCCUCCCACUCCAACUCCCACUCCGCCGCCGCCGCACAAGAACGCGACCCUCGCCGAGCUCCUCCCGCUGUACGGCCUGCCCCCGGGCGUCUUCCCGUCGACCGUCACCGCCUUCUCGCUCGCUGACAACGGAAGCCUCGCCGUCGACCUCGCGGGGCCCUGCUACGUCCACUUCGGGUACCUCACCUACUUCCAGCCCCGCGUCACGGGGGUGCUCCGCUACGGCUCCCUCUCCGGCCUCGAGGGCGUCCAGGUCCGCCGCUUCCUCUUCUGGUUCAACGUCAUCCGCAUCAAGGUCGACCUGCCCCCGCCGCCGAGCUACGUCUACCUCGACAUCGGGUGGAUCACGCGCAGGCUACCCGCCGCCGACUUCCAGUCCAUCCACUCCUGCGAGGCCUCCAACCGCUGCCGCCUCUCCUCCGCGCUCGCCGUCGCCGCCAAAUGGUUCCAGGACUUCUUUGCCCAAUUUUAGGGGAUGGGGAAGGCCCAGCAUUGCAUGAGAAAACUGCUCUACCACUUUCUAGAGUUUGUUUCACUGAUUCCCUCCUUUUCGGUGUGUGGGUGCCCAUCCCACUACGCUCCAUCCUGCAGUAUGCAUUUAUUGGUUGAUUCCCCACGAAACUCGAUUCAUUUAUUGUGGUUCAUUAGUAGCUAGUGUUCAAGAUAGUGUUCUGAUACUCUGCCAUAGCGGUAACCUUUUAAAAAAAAAAGAUACUGCCAUAGCAGUGAGAUUAUGGAGAUGGUAUUGGAAUAGCAAUUUUAACAGGAACUGCCAUAUUAAUAUAUUUAUCCCAAAUUUGGUUCGGAAUUGGUCCCAAGCUUGCCUUGUUGCUGGUGCCCAGUAUCUGUUCACUUAAAUGCUGAUGCCGAGUGCACAUACCAGUACUAUAGUAGUGAGAUGGGAUCUAGCAUGUGGCCUUCCAAACAAAGUUGAAGCCAUAAAAAGAAUGAGUUGUGAUCAGAUGAGCCACCGAUUGUUCCUUCCUGCCCACUUCUUGAUGCAUACGUGGAUCAGCAACUCUCGUCAAAAGCAUCUAACAAGUGUUAUCUUAUCAACUAAUGUCAUGAAUUUUCUAAUUAUAUAUGCCUCUAAAUGAUUCUGUUGAUUUUCAGUAAUUUUCCACUAACUUUAUCCUCACAACUUC